AAAUAUGGACGAGGAAAAUUUAUAUGAUGAGUUCGGUAAUUAUAUCGGACCAGAAAUAGACGAAAACUACGAAAAUAUAAUCGAAUAAGAAGAAGAUGAAGAUUUUGAUUAAUUAAACAAUAUAAACGCAAAAAUAUAAGAAGAAGAAAUACAAAAAAGGCACCAAAAUUAAGAUCGAAUAGUAGCCUUACAUGAAAAUAAAUAAUACUAUCCUGAAAUGCAUGAAAUAUACCCUGAAGCUGAAAAUUUAGUCCACGAAGAAGAUAUAUAAAAGAUCGAAGAGCCUAUUUUUGGCUCCUGUAACGACUAAAGAAUUCGAUUUGUGUGAAAAUGAAAUAUAUGAAACUACUUUUUCAACUUAGUAUAUGUGCAACCUUAUGAUGAAUACUGAACUAAUCAGAAACGUGGCUAUUGUAGGCCAUUUACAUCACGGAAAAACUGGUUUAAUGGACAUAUUCGCGAAAUAGACUCACCCAAACAGAUUCCUUGACCUAAAUAGGGAUUACAAAUAUACAGAUGCUCGGAAAGAUGAAUAAGAGAGACUAAUAAGUAUAAAAAGUAUGCCUAUGAGUCUCGUAUUACCAGAUUUAAGGGAGAAAAAUUAUCUUUUGAACAUUUUAGAUACCCCUGGACAUCCAAAUUUUUCAGAUGAAGUCUGCUGUGCAUUAAGAAUGUGCGACGGAAUUGUUUUAGUAGUAGAUGCAGUCGAAGGAGUCAUGUUAGGAACUGAAAGAAUAAUUAAAUAUUGUGUGAAAGAAAGAAUCUACAUUACAGUACUUAUUAAUAAAAUAGACAGACUUAUAAUGGAAAUUAAAUUACCACCAGCAGAUGCUUACCUUAAAAUUAAGCAUACAUUAGAAGAAAUUAAUUAAAUUAUAGCAUCAGCAGCAAUCGGUAGAGAUGAUAAAGAUAAUUUAAGAAUCUCACCUUUAUUAGGAAAUGUGUGUUUUGGAAGUACUAAAUAUGGUUUUGUUUUUAGUAUCUAAUCUUAUGCGGAAAUGUAUGGAAAAACAUAUGGCAUAAAGAAAGAUAUUUUUUAAAAAUUACUUUGGGGAAAUUAUUAUUAUAAUCAUUAAACGAGAAAAUUUAUGAAUAAACCUUUGAAAGAAUUUAAUAAGAGAGUUUUUGUCGAAUUUAUAUUAGAACCUAUAUAUAAAAUUGUAUCUCAUGUAGUUUCUAAAGAAAAAGAUGGUUUAAAACCUAUUUUAUCUAAAUUAGGUAUUUUUUUAAAAAACUAAGAUUAUAAAAUGGAUAUAAAUCCUUUACUUAAACUUGUUUUUACUAAAUUUUUCGGAAAUACAGGUUCUAUAGUAAAAUGUGAUCCUAAAGGUCCUCUAGUAAUAAAUGUAGUAAAACAAUAUAAUAAGUAAGACUGUAUGUCUUUCGAUGUAUUAGGUCGUAUAAUUUCAGGUACAUUAUAAAAAGGAUAAACUGUAAAAGUUUUAGGUGAAAGAUAUAAUCUUGAAGACGAAGAAGAUAUGACUAUAAAAGAAGUGCGUAAAUUAUACAUUUUAUAAGCCAGAUAUAAAAUUGAGUUGAAUAAAAUAAGUGCAGGAAAUUGGGUUUUGAUAGAAGGCAUAGACUAAUCGAUAUAAAAAUCCGCUACCAUAGUAAAUUCUGAGAAAGAUAAAAUCGAAAUCUUCAAACCAAUUAAACAUAAUACUACUCCAGUAAUAAAAGUAGCCAUAGAACCUUUAAUACCUUCAGAACUUCCCAAAAUGUUAGAAGGCUUAAGAAAAGUAUCUAAAUCUUAUCCUUUAUUAAUCACUAGAGUAGAGGAAUCUGGAGAACAUAUACUAAUAGGAACCGGUGAAUUAUAUAUGGACUGUGUACUACAUGACCUCAGAAGAAUGUAUUCAGAUAUCGAAAUCAAAGUUUCAGAUCCUUGUGUAAGUUUCUGUGAGACCAUAGUGGAUACUUCUGGUAUUAAAUGUUACGCAGACACCCCAAACAAAAAAAACAGGCUUACAAUGGUCGCUUCACCUUUAGAUAGAGGCUUGUCUGAGGAUAUUUAAAAAGAAUUAAUAACAUUAGAUAUGGACAAAAAAUUAAUAAGUAAAUUCUUCCAAGAGAAAUAUGACUGGGAUAUUCUCGCAGCACGAAAUGUGUGGUCUUUUGGUCCCGAAAAAUAAGGCGCUAAUAUACUUAUAGAUGAUACUCUACCAAAUGAAGUAGAUAAAAAUCUACUUUGGGAAUGUAAAGAAAGCAUAAAAUAAGGUUUCUAAUGGGCAACUAGAGAAGGUCCAUUAUGCGAUGAACCAGUACGUAAUGUUAAAUUUAAAUUAAUAGAAUGUAGUGUUGCGAAUGAUAAAAUAUAUAGAGGAGGAGGUUAAUUAAUACCAACAGCAAGAAGGACUUGCUAUAGUGCCUUUUUAAUGGCUUAACCUAGAUUAAUGGAACCUCUUUUACAUAUAGAAAUUUAAUGUACAGCAGAUGCAGUGGAUGCUUGUUUGAAUGUACUUAUUAAAAGAAGAGGACAUAUUAUUUAAUAAGUUGCAAAAGCGGGAAGUCCUUUAUAUACUUUAAAGGCUGUUUUACCGGCUAUUGAUUCUUUUGGAUUUGAAACUGAUUUAAGAAUUCAUACAAGCGGUUAGGCUUUCUGUUUAAGUGUUUUUGAUUCGUGGGAAUUAUUACCAGGAGAUCCACUUGAUAAAAAUAUUAAAGUAAAAAUUCUAGAACCAUCGUAACCAUAAGAAUUAGCAAGAGAAUGUAUGGUUAAAACUAGACGAAGAAAAGGAUUAAAUGAAAAUGUUUCUAUUGUAAAAUUCUUUGAUGAUUAAGAUCUUUUGGAAAUAUUAAAAUAAGAUAAGGAUUAUAAAGAUUAUAUUUGA